AGCAUCAUAAAACAUGAUGUUUCAUCGUAAGUUAUUUUCUCCUCCUCUGUUCUGUGGGGCACCGGUACCUAUCCGGUGUUCCAAAAGUACGAGUGCUUGCAAUCUCGUCUACAGACUGUUUGGCCUCCCUCGAUGCUUAAACUCAUUCCUUAUCGUUGUUCUUUAGUUAAAGCCGAAAAAAGGAAAUCAAGUUAUCGUCUGUUCAACGCAGAUACAUAAUAGAAAUCAGAGUUCAAUACUCAACUUGAUACUUUUUUUCAGAAUCAGCAGAUGUCGCGUAUAUCGUCUCCGUCACCAACCCUACGACGUUUCUUAUUGGUAGCGCUAGCGUUGUCGUUGUCGUCCAAUGCUCCUGUACACGGGUUCUCGACAACUUCUCGUCCAUUCGAAGGACGAAGGCGAUCCAUGAUAGCGGCGAAAGGCUUUGGAGCAGCCUCAGCCGAGAAAAAAACAGAACCGCCCAGGAAUGCAGCCGAUAGCAACACACAAAACGACAACAAUAGCGGAGAAAUAUAUUCGAAGCCUUCCAUGUACGACAUGGCUUUUGGAUAUCGAAAUUUCGAAGAGGAAGUUGACUUUUUGAUGGACCAGCACCGGCAACUCAAUCCGGACAAUGCUCUGCCUAAGCGGGUUUUGGAAUUGGCAGCAGGACCGGCGCGUCACUGCAUCGAGGCACUCGGGGCCUCCUACAUUGAAUCGGCUACAGCGAUCGACAAUUCUGCGGACAUGAUAAAAUAUGCCAGAGAGAUUGCUGCCGAGGAACUCAAGAGCGACGAUUAUACUUUUGAAGAAAUCAAUGGAGCCGACGAUGUGACAAAAGAUUCCGCUUACGAACACCGGGUCAAUUCCUUGAACUACGUCCAAGCCGACAUGACCAACUUUUCGUUUCCUGGUGAUGAUGAAGCGCAACUCUUUGACAGCGCAUGGAUUUUGCUCGGAUCCCUUCAACACUUAACGACCAACGAGCAAGUGAUAUCCUGCUUCAAAUGCAUUAACCGUGUCCUUCGACCGAAUGGAACCUUCAUUCUCGAGCUGCCUCAUCCCCGGGAGACCUUUUCCAUGGUGGAAUGCACCCGAAACGGCUGGGAAAUUCCCUUGGAGGACGAAAGUGGAGGUACCUGUGGUGAACUAAAGAUUGUCUGGGGGGACGACGACGACGACUUUGAUCCAAUAACGCAGGUACGACAAUUUACUGUCUCUAUGGAAUUAACUGGAGAGAAUCCAAAUGAUGCACCCAUUCAGAGUGUUAGAGAGGUGGUACCUAUGCGGCAUUUCACAUCGCAAGAAAUCGAUAUGCUUGCUCGAAUAGCAGGUUUUGAGGUCAUGUCGAUGCAUGGCGCGCUGCAGUUCGAUGUCGAUGUGAAUGAUGAUGACCAAGCCUUUCGACUCGUUUGUGUCCUUCAAAAAAAGUAGAUCAUCAUUUGUUGAUUAAUAACAGUUAUAUCUAUUU